GUAAAGGGACAUCAGGGCUAGCAUGAGUCAUUUAUAGAGCCAGUCAGGGCUAGAAAAGAGAGAAAGAAAGAGGAGGGGAAGAGAGAUCAAACACACUGUGAGGAGCAGGAUGUCCCAGCAAGACAAAGCCAGGCUGUGAGCAUCAUGUAUGUGAGUUAUCUUUUGGAUAAAGAAACCAGCAUGUAUCCAGGAUCUGCAAGGUGCAGCAGCAACAACCUGCCAGUGCAAAACUUUGUGUCUACUCCGUCCUAUCCAGAUUACAUGGGAUAUCAUCAUGUGCCAGCUCUGGACACCCACAGCCAGCCCACGGGAACCUGGGGAUCCCACUAUGGCCCGCAGAGGGAGGACUGGAAUGCUUACGGACCAGGACCUUCCGGCACGGACGGUGCUGCUCAGAUCAAUGGCUCGUCUCCUGGACAGGUCUCCUACGCUUCUGCUGAUUACAGCUCCCUCCAUCCCGCUGGAUCUGGGGGAUUACCUCCUGUAGAUACAAUUAAUACACAGCAAAUCUCUCCCAACAGCCAAAGGCACAGCUCUUAUGAAUGGAUGAGGAAAACGGUGCAAUCCACUUCCACAGGUAAAACAAGAACAAGAGAGAAGUACCGAGUGGUUUACACAGAUCAUCAGAGAUUAGAAUUAGAGAAGGAAUUUCAUUACAACAGAUACAUUACAAUCAGGAGGAAGUCUGAACUUGCUGCAAACCUAAGACUUUCCGAGAGACAGGUGAAAAUCUGGUUCCAGAAUCGCAGAGCCAAGGAAAGAAAAUUAAUGAAGAAGAAAAUGACUCAUUUUGAUGGCAACAGCCUUGGCUCUAUGCAGAGUGACUCUGGCUCAGUGAGCCCAAUGCCAGUUCCUGACCAACAGACUCAUUCAGAAAUGCCCAGUUCUUUAUUCCCACCUCCUCCUCCUCCACCUCCACUUCCCAUGAAUGGUCUGCAGCAGGACGGGAAUCUGCAGCAGGUAGUGGCCUCUCAGUAA